UUCAGGCAACCUUGAUCUUUUAGUCCAGCAGAUCCAGAUCUCCCUCUGCAGACCAAGACUGAGGACACAUCACUAAAAUCAGCUUUAUGCUGUUCCUACAGCUAAUGCCUUGAAGUGAAUGGCUGUGGAAAAUGUCUCUUCAGUGACUCAGUUUAUCCUUAUGGGAUUAACAGACCGACCUGAGCUCCAGCUGCCCUUGUUUUUUCUGUUUUUGGUGAACUUUGUGGUCACUGUGGUGGGGAAUUUAAUUUUACUUAACCUUAUUUGCUUGAAUUCCCACCUUCACACUCCCAUGUAUUUUUUCCUCUUGAAUCUGUCCUUCAUUGAUCUCUGCUAUUCAUUUGUCUUUACCCCCAAAAUGCUGAUGAGCUUUAAUUCAGAGAGGAACAUCAUCUCCUUUACAGGAUGCAUGGCUCAGCUAUUUUUCCUCUGCUUCUUUGUCAGCUCUGAGUGCUAUGUGCUGACAGCCAUGGCCUAUGAUCGCUGUGUGGCCAUCUGUAAGCCCCUGCUGUACACUGUCACCAUGUCCCCUCAGGUGUGUUCUCUGCUGAUGUAUGGUUCAUAUGUGAUGGGGUUUGCUGGUGCUAUGACUCACACAGGGUGCAUGAUCAGGCUGACAUUUUGUGAUUCCAACAUAAUCAACCACUAUAUGUGUGACAUCUUGCCCCUUCUCCAGCUCUCCUGUAGCAGCUCCUAUGCCAGUGAACUUGUGGCUUCCAUUAUUGUGGGUACAGUUGUCAUAUUUUCUAGUGUCAUUAUCUGUAUAUCUUAUGUUCUGAUUCUUUUCAAUAUCCUUCAAAUGUCGUCAGCUACAGGCUGGUCCAAAGCCUUUAGCACCUGUGGUUCCCACUUAAUAACAGUUGGACUUUUCUAUGGAUCUGGGCUUCUCACUCACAUCAAGCCAACAUCUGCUGGGUCCUUGGGACAGGAGAAGUUUUUCUCAGUGCUUUAUACCAAUGUAGUGCCCAUGCUGAACCCCCUCAUCUAUAGCUUGAGGAACAAGGACAUGAAACUUGCUCUGAAGAAAACCCUACAGAAAAUAACAAAUAGAGCAGAACCAGCGGUGCUGCCUUAA